CUCAUUGAGAACUUAGUCAUGUUGGUGAUUUUGACUCAUUUUGGUAACCAAAACAAGAAGUAAACAAGAAAGGAAAUAAAAGUUUUUGCUCACGUCAAAGAUUUUUCAAUUCGAAACCGAAUCGAUCAGGAAUGGCAGCAGAAGUUGAAGAAACUCUGAAGAGGCUCCAGUCCCACAAGGGUGUGAUUGGCACAAUUGUUGUCAAUUCUGAAGGAAUUCCAAUUAAAACCACCAUGGACAAUACGUCGACCGUACAGUACGCUGGUUUGGUCAGCCAGUUGGCGGAUAAAGCUCGCAGUGUAGUCCGAGACUUGGACCCCACAAAUGACCUUACAUUUCUUAGGGUCAGGACCAAGAAGCAUGAAAUCAUGCUUGCCCCUGAUAAGGACUACAUCCUAAUGGUGAUUCAAAAUCCCUCCGACUAGAAAAGCCUGCAAGUGAAAAUAUUUACUUGAUUAAUAAUUCACUCUGUGAAACUUCUAAUUUAUGUUCCAUGUUCAUUUAAAUUUACAAAAUAACUAUUUAUAAAAAAAAAUGAUGUAGCAAAGAGGGAAUCUAAGAAUUGAAAUCAUUUAAAAGUAACAAUAAUUGUUAUUACCACACUAUGCUAAUUUUUUCUUUUACUUGAGUAAUUAUUUACGCUUUAAUACAAAUAUUUCAAGCAAGAAAAUUAUAUAAUACUAGAGGAUUUU